GCAUUUUGAGGUUCCGCUUCUCCCUAAAAUCUUCAUCUCGAUUUUCACGCCACGCUUUCAAUCCGAUCACCUCAUCGGAAAUCGCGAUCGCCGCAGCAGCGCCAUCUCCCGACUGAUCCAACAGCUUUUGCGAUUCGCGAAAUGUCGAAUUCCGAGAAACAGCAAUCGGCGGAGGAGGAUCGGCGGAUCGACGACGUGGAUCGCGCCGAUCAGGUUUUGGAUGUUUCCUCCAGCUGCGAGGAGGCGUCGGUGCGAUCGAAUCGGUCGGUUACGCGGAGAUUGACGGAGAUUUUGGUGGAGGAUAGGGAUGCCGAUCUGCUGCUGCAGAGGAGCGGGAGAGGGGAGGGGGUUAUGCAGUGGCUUGGCGCAUUGGAUUUGCAGGUGACGGGGGCUUGCCGAGCGGAUGAGAGGCUGAAGCCUUUGCUCAAGCUGAACGCCUCCGCUGCCAUGGCUGAGGAUGGUCUGCUUGCUCAUCUUAGUCAGCACUUUGAGCCGUCAGAGGUUGGGAUAUUGGCUAGGUGCUUGUGCGCUCCGCUGGUUUCUAUCCGGAUCGGAAAGAUCAACAAGCAAGGAACGCUUCUGUCACCGACCUCUGUAAGGGGGAAUUUAUGUCUCACCCUUCUGCCAACAUCCGAUUUGCGAUUAUCAUUUAAUGGAGAUGAUGGUUCAGAGGAGAGGCUGGCAACAUUAAGCACUGAGGCUCAAUGUACCGAUGUAGAAAUUGAGAAGAUCCCUGCUGAUAAGUCUGGAAGGUCCUUCUUUGUGAAGAACUCAGAUGGCGUGGUUUCUUAUUUUUGGUGCUCUGAAAAAUCUACGCUUUUGGGAUAUGAAUUGCUCAGAAAGUUGAAGGAUUUGCUAGCUCAGAAACCGUCACUCGCUGAACUAACUGGAAUUAGCGAGUCGCGGCUCAACUCUUUUGUGAGUCAUCUUCGAGCGUACCUUGCGGGAUCAGUGGCACAUAAUGGUCAAGUAAGUGGCGUGCUAUCGGCUAGCCCUUCAGAUGGCUCUGCUGAUUCAUCUGAACAUCAUAAUCCUCAUUCUUUGGCCAAUUGUUCGAAGAGUUCACGCAUCAGGCAAUAUGGCAGUCAAGGAUCAAAGACAAACCUCAUCUACCAGGGCUGUUUAAGUCCCAGGUCGAGUUCCUUCAAAGAAGGCCUGCAAAAAAGUUUGUCUGACGUAAGGAGUGCCGCCAGAGAAAAAUUGAGGCGUCGUGCUGAGAAUAAUGUUCCAUUCAUCGACAGCUUACUCGAGGCUUCAACCAAAAGUGGUGAUUGCUCUCAGAAAGGAAAACUUGCUGAGGUGAAUGGGAAAGGACCUUUGUUAAGUUUAAACUUCUUGGAAGUAUUUGGUUCUUCGGGGGAGCUCCCGCUUUCAGGACCCGAAACACAGGUUCCUUCGUCGAGUCCAUCCCCCUUUUCGCCUCACUACUGCUGGUGUCCUCCCAUUGCAUCAACACUGCAAUUCACUAAAGUUCCCAUUUCAUCCACAGAGUCCUCCCUGCCUCCACUCUCGUCUCUGCUAUCAUCGUCAGCUCUCGUGACCUCAAAACCAUUGCUAGAUCUAGCUGAGCUUCCACCUUUCGAUUUCCCUAGCUUCCUCCCAGAGCCUUUGGUUAGAUUACCAUCUUCCCAGCAAAUCCCGACGUUCACGCCUUUGAUCUGCGACCCUAUCGUUCACAUCCCAGUCAUCGACAUCUGCUCGUCUGGCCAAGGGUAUCUAGUCAGUGCCGGUCCCGCCAUGUCCACCUCGAUUCCACCCUUGAACCCGAACCUCGUCGACCCCCUCCUUCCAAAUGGCGAAUCCAUGGUGGAGAAAAGCGCAAGGGAGACGCUCCGGAUGCUCAUCAACAGCUCCAACCAACCCAACCCUCGCCUGCUCGAGGUAUGGCCUUCUGUCCUGAGCAGCAGCAUCGACAGCCAUAACAUACUUGCAGCAGCAGGAAGCAGGGGUCUUUACAUCGGAACCAAGGAUGUCGAAGCUAGUCGGAUGUCUUCUUUCGAGCUCGUUUUGUUAUCCGAUAAUUCGGGGGCCGGGGGCGGCAUUGUCAAAAGAGUUGCUAGCAAUGAUCAUAAGGAGAAGGCAUCUACCUCAGAUCCGUCUAGUUUCGAAGAAACAAUAGAAUGAUAAAUGUCUCUUUUGAGUUUUAAUUCAGUGAAAAUGUAUAGAACUCUUAUCUAUCAGCUUGUGGCUUAAUGUUGUAAUUAUCAAUUUUUUUUGGAGAAAAUGAAAAGAAAGAGAAAAAAAUGCAGUCUUUCUAUGA